AUAUCACCACAACACAAAUUGCAUUUGCAUUACUCACGCCAUUUCCACUGGUGUGUGCUCCUCUCACUACACCACUCGUAUAUAUCAACCGGACCGGGCUUUAGGGUUUCUUUAUUCUUCAAACCGGUUCGUUGCGAACCCAUUAAAUGGCUGCUCAGUUACCUUGCGCGCCGAAUAUAAUUUCUGCUCCGUUCGCGAACCGGACCAGGAUCCAUUUCCCACAUCGACCUCACUCCCACGCUUUUUCCGGUUCGACCAGGCACUUUCUUCGCGGCUCGCUUUCCGUUUCCCGGUUCGGAUUAAAGCCCGGUUUCUUGCCCGAACCGGAUGACGCCGAAGGCUUCAUCAGGGAGCUGUUUGGCCGAGCGGAGGGCCUUCUUUACACGAUUGCCGACGCCGCCGUUUCUUCUUCCGAUACGGCGGCAACCACCGCCAAACAAAGCAACGACUGGCUUUCUGGAAUAUCCAAUUACAUGGAGAGUGUUCUCAAGGUUCUCAAGGAUGGGCUAUCUGCUUUGCAUGUUCCGUACGCAUAUGGUUUUGCAAUUAUACUGCUUACAGUUCUUGUAAAAGCUGCCACCUUUCCAUUGACAAAAAAACAGGUAGAAUCUAGCUUGGCUAUGCGAUCUUUGCAACCUCAAGUAAAGGCUAUCCAGCAACGCUAUGCUGGUGAUCAGGAGAGAAUUCAACUUGAAACAGCUCGGUUGUAUAAAUUAGCUGGCAUUAAUCCUCUAGCAGGAUGCCUGCCUACACUCGCAACAAUACCAGUAUGGAUUGGGCUAUAUCGAGCCCUUUCAAAUGUGGCAGAUGAGGGACUCCUAACUGAAGGCUUUUUCUGGAUACCUUCUCUUGCUGGUCCAACUACAGUUGCAGCUCGUCAAAAUGGCAGUGGUAUCUCUUGGCUUUUUCCUUUUGUGGAUGGUCACCCUCCCCUUGGAUGGUCAGAUACUUUGGCGUACCUUGUCUUGCCCGUGUUGCUGGUUGUCUCUCAGUACAUCUCUGUCCAAAUAAUACAGUCAUCACAGACUAAUGACCCCAACCUGAAGACUUCUCAAGCCUUAACCAAGGUCCUUCCCUUAAUGAUUGGUUACUUUGCACUUUCAGUUCCUUCUGGUCUUAGCCUUUACUGGUUAACAAAUAAUAUAUUGAGCACUGCCCAACAAACAUGGCUUCAAAAGUUAGGAGGUGCAAAAAAUCCGGUGAUGCAAGUCCAAGAUGAUAUCAUGAAGGACGACCUAAAGCAGAUUCAGAAGCCAGUAUCUAAACUAAAUUCCAAAAAAACGGAAGAAGCUAGACAAGACGAGAAACUGACAUCAGAGGUUCCACGACCUGGGGAAAGAUUUAGGCAGCUAAUGGAGCAAGAGACAAAAAGAAAACAACAGAGAGAAGAAGAAAAAAGAAAAGCUGAGGAAGCAGUGGCAAAAGCAACUAAAGUAGACGAGACACAUGAGAAAACAAUUGAAGGAGGAAAUCAAGCUGGACGUGAUUUAGUUGUUGGAAAAUCUCAGUCUGUGGCCACUGAUACUGAUCCAUCCAUAUCUGGAGUAGUAAAUGGUAAUCCAUUAAGUAAAGACUUGGAGGAAAGUCAAAAUUCUACAUCUACAUCUGAGACACAAAAUAAUGGAGGUUCUGCUCAUUUCAAUGUUGUUGGAACAAAUGAGAAAAUUCUUGACAAGGAACCAAGAGAAGUAUUAACAACUACAUCUACCUCAAACAAGCAACCUCCUGGAGAAGACCCAGAUCACGUGACAAAGGAUUGACAAUCUAGGAGUUAGAAAUUCGACUACUGAAAGAUUGAUUAGCCCCCAGUUGCCAUCUAAAAGUUAUAUUAGAAAUGCAACCUUCCUUGCAAUUCGAUGUCUCUCUGGUUAACACUGUACAUUGUCACAGAAAUGGUGGACAGUGGACUGAACAAGAUUCGAGAGGUUUCUACAAUUGCUGUGUGGGAGUGGUUGUAUUUGAUGGCUGACUUGGCAGCUUCGUAGUUUGAGUCUGUAUUAUAUAUUUUUGAUCAAUUUUCUUAAGGAUUAAUGAAUCCCUAUAGAACAGAUGCUUCCCAAUAUCCGUAAUGCUUGUUAUCUUUGAAACUAUUUUUUUCUCGAUGCUUCAAUAAAACGAGAUGAUCUUGAUUUAUAUGCUCUGGCGGAGAUACUGU